CUCCUCCUCCUCCUCCUCAUCCCCGGUACCGCAUUGCUGUGGUGCAGGGGUGACUGCAUUGCGAAGGGGCCGUCACUAGGUGGACCCCCUCCCGGAGAAAUAAAACUGGCUGAUCUGAAGCCGGCAGCCCCUGGUGUCUGAGAGCUCCGCCACAGAUACCCUCACCCCGCUACUGAGCAUAACCCCCAGGAGGAUGGGGAAGGAGAAGACCCACAUCAAUAUUGUGGUCAUUGGCCACGUGGAUUCCGGCAAAUCCACCACCACUGGCCACCUGAUUUAUAAAUGUGGAGGCAUUGACAAAAGGACUAUUGAGAAGUUUGAGAAGGAGGCAGCUGAGAUGGGUAAAGGCUCCUUCAAGUACGCUUGGGUUCUAGACAAAUUGAAAGCAGAAAGGGAGCGAGGUAUCACCAUUGACAUCUCCUUGUGGAAGUUUGAGACCACCAAAUAUUACAUCACCAUCAUUGAUGCCCCUGGACAUCGUGACUUCAUCAAGAACAUGAUCACUGGUACAUCUCAGGCAGACUGUGCAGUCUUGAUAGUGGCAGCCGGUGUUGGUGAGUUUGAAGCUGGAAUUUCAAAGAAUGGCCAAACAAGAGAGCAUGCCUUGCUAGCUUACACACUUGGAGUGAAACAACUCAUUGUGGGAAUCAACAAAAUGGACUCCACUGAGCCACCAUACAGUGAGAAACGUUAUGAUGAAAUUGUAAAAGAGGUCAGCGCUUACAUCAAGAAGAUUGGGUACAAUCCAGCCACUGUACCUUUUGUGCCAAUUUCUGGCUGGCAUGGGGACAAUAUGCUGGAGCCAUCACCUAACAUGCCUUGGUUUAAGGGAUGGAAAGUGGAGAGGAAAGAAGGAAAUGCAAGUGGAGUUUCACUGCUAGAAGCUUUGGACACAAUUCUUCCCCCAACUCGUCCAACUGAUAAACCACUGCGCCUCCCACUACAGGAUGUGUACAAGAUUGGAGGAAUUGGCACAGUCCCUGUAGGCCGUGUAGAGACUGGUGUCCUGAAACCCGGCAUGGUUGUCACCUUUGCUCCCGUAAAUAUCACCACUGAAGUGAAAUCUGUGGAGAUGCACCAUGAAGCUCUGAGCGAAGCUCUUCCUGGAGAUAAUGUCGGCUUUAACGUGAAGAAUGUGUCUGUCAAAGACAUUCGACGUGGAAACGUGUGCGGUGACAGCAAAGCCGACCCACCCCAGGAAGCUGCACAGUUCACUUCCCAGGUUAUCAUACUAAAUCAUCCAGGUCAAAUCAGUGCUGGCUAUUCUCCAGUUAUUGAUUGUCACACGGCACAUAUUGCCUGCAAGUUUGCAGAACUAAAGGAAAAGAUUGACCGUCGCUCUGGCAAAAAGCUUGAGGACAACCCCAAAUCCCUGAAAUCUGGAGAUGCCGCCAUUGUAGAGAUGAUUCCUGGAAAACCCAUGUGUGUUGAGAGCUUCUCCCAGUACCCUCCUCUUGGGCGUUUUGCUGUACGGGACAUGAGGCAGACGGUGGCUGUGGGGGUAAUUAAAAACGUGGAGAAAAAGAGUGGAGGUGCUGGAAAAGUCACCAAGUCCGCACAGAAGGCCCAGAAAGCUAACAAAUGAAUUGUAGGCUCCCCGCGGCCGGCAUACAAGCCCUGUCCCUCCGAGAGGCUCCACCCCCUUCCCUCUGAGGUACACGUCAGCCCAUCUGCUUGUAAAAGCCUAUACGUUAACGACUGGAUGCUCACCAUUAAAGUCCAGUGGAAAUUCUUUAAGAGGAAAAGCAUGUCCCCACCCUUGUGACCCUUAGUGCUCAUUUUACCAAUUAAACAGGUUCAACAUCAUUAAACGA